AUGACAAACAAAGACCUACAGAAACUCAAGGUCGACCAGAACCGGAUGAUGGAGACCCUGCAUCAUACCUGUACUUUCGGGCCAGGAGCUAGAUGGGGAAGCAAUCCUACAGACACUGGCAUGUCACGUCUGACACUGUCUGACGAUGAUAAAAAGGUCCGGGACUGGUUCGUCGAGACCACCAAGUCCCUCGGAUGCAAGGUAACCAUUGACGCCAUGGGCAACAUCUUUGCGGUCCGACCCGGUCGUCGCUCUGAUGGUCCUCCAACUUUCGCGGGCUCUCACCUGGACACACAACCAACUGGCGGCCGAUAUGACGGCAUCCUGGGUAUCCAGGCCGGUAUUGAGAUGUUGAAGAUUCUCCAAGAAAACGACGUUGAGACCGAGUUCCCCGUCGGUGUAGUCAACUGGACCAACGAAGAAGGCGCGCGGUUCCCCAUCAGCAUGAUGUCUUCUGGAGUCUGGGCCGGUAAAACCACCCUUGAGCAAGCCCAUUCUACCAAAGAGGUCGAUGGGCCAGCCACUGUUAAGUCUGAGUUGGAGAGGAUCGGAUACCUGGGCGAAAUUCCCGCGAGCUACAAAUCCACUCCUAUGGGCGCUCAUUUUGAACUGCACAUCGAGCAGGGUCCUCUUUUGGAGAGGGCCUCGAAGAAGAUUGGUGUCGUCCAGGGUGUUCAGGCAUACAAGUGGUUCACUAUUGACAUUAAAGGACGAGAUGCACAUACUGGAUCAACUCCUUUCGCCGACCGCGCUGAUGCUCUGCUCCUGGCCGCUCGUCUCAUCACGCACUCCCACCGAGUCGCAACCAAGCACCAAGCGCUCGCCUCAACUGGCAUCCUGAGACUGAGUCCCGGCAGCACAAACACAAUCCCUGGGCACGUCAGCUUCACCCUGGACGUCCGGUCACCAAUCGACGAAACCGUAGACGAGGUCGAGAACCAGCUGAAGCACGACUUUGAUCUUUUGGCUCGCGGCGUUGACGUAGACGGUCUGCUCACGGGUGCAACACCGAGUUUGCCAUUGUCGGUCGCUUGGCAAACGGAUACCAUCUCAUCAGCGACCAAGUUCCAUCCAGACUGCAUCCAGGCUGUGCGCGAGUCCGCGGAAUCCGUGCUGGGCGACCGGGAUGGCAUGAUUGACAUCUCCAGUGGCGCGGGACACGACAGCGUGUACACGAGCAUGCAUUGCCCCACGACGAUGAUCUUCAUUCCCUGCAAGGGUGGGGUUAGCCACAAUCCCGAGGAGUGGUCGAGCCCGGAGGAGUGCGCUAUUGGAGCCGAGGUGUUGUGUCAGGCUGUUGUGAGGUUUGACCAGAAGAGAAGCUGA